AUGGAGUGGUUCAUUAUAUUCGCGUUGGCGUUUGGCCUGCAUUUGGCAACAGCCACAAGUACUUAUGACUAUUAUCGCUUGCCAACGGCCCUAUGGCCCCGAAUGUAUGAAUUGAAGAUCCUGACCCGUCUUGAAAAUCCAGAAGAUCUGAACUUCUCGGGUUCUGUCUCUAUUACGCUAGAGCCACUGGAAAACACUAAGAAUAUAACCCUGCACUCGAAGAAUCUUAAAAUCGAUGAAUCCCGGACCACUCUUGUUCAAUUGGGUGAAAAAGCGAAGGCUAACUGCAUUAACUCUACAUCUUUGAACGAAAAGCACGAUUACUACAUCCUUUACGUUUGUGAAGAGUUGCAGGUUGGUAUUAUUUACCAACUGACUUUGUGGUUUUCUGGUGAACUAAACAAGAAACUAAGUGGAUACUACCGGAGCUCCUACACGGAUUCUGCCACCAAAAAAGAAAGAUGGCUUUCGGUAACUCAGUUUGAACCAUCAUACGCGCGUACUGCCUUUCCAUGUUUUGACGAACCCCAUUUCAAGUCGACUUUCGCGAUCAGCUUGGGGCAUCCUCAGAAUUAUACGGCUCUAAGUAAUAUGCCGCUAAAAUUUUUAUAUGUUGACGACCCACCACUUUAUAUAUUUAGCAAAUUUGAGGACUCUGUACCAAUGUCUACAUAUUUAGUGGCAUAUUCUAUAAAUGAUUUUAGACACAAGCCCUCAACUCUGACAAAUGGAACUCUUUUCCGCACUUGGGCUAGGCCCGAUGCCAUCGACCAGUGUGACUUCGCGGCGGAGUUUGGACCCAAAGUUUUGAGAUACUUUGAGAAUUUCUUCGGUCUUAAAUACCCGCUGCCCCAGUUGGAUCAGAUUGCCAUACCCGACUUGUCCGCUGGUGCCAUGGAGAACUGGGGUCUAGUAACCUAUAGGGAAACAGCACUCCUCUACUCCAUCAAUCGCACUUCUGUCAAAGCCAAGGAGACCAUCGCCACCACGAUUUCACACGAGUUAGCCCACCAAUGGUUCGGCAAUUUGGUGACUAUGAAGUGGUGGUCUGAUUUGUGGCUGAAUGAGGGAUUCGCCACCUAUGUGGCUAAGUUGGGAAUCGAAGGGGUACACCCGGAGUGGAAAACUAAGGACAGAAUAUAUGUGCAAGACCUGCUGACCACAUUCCGAUUGGAUGCAUUGGAGAGCAGUCAUCCCAUAUCGCGACCUAUUCAAUCGGUUUCGGAUAUUGGGCUAAAUUUCGAUGCGAUUUCCUACAAAAAGGGAGCUGUUGUCAUUCGCAUGAUGCACCUAUUUAUGGGGGAAAAGUCCUUUUACUCUGGUUUAAAAUCCUACCUAGAGCUGUAUGCCUACAAAAAUGCAGAACAAGACGAUCUGUGGAAAUCCCUUUCGAAAGCUGCUCACCAGUUUGGAUCUCUGCCCAAAAAUUAUGAUAUAAAAACUAUAAUGGACUCGUGGACUUUGCAAACAGGCUUUCCUGUUAUCAACAUAACCCGAGACUAUUCGAAAAAUACAGCCACACUCAGUCAAGAGCGCUACCUUCUAAACACCCAGAUACCACACUCCCAGCGCAAAGGUUGUUGGUGGCUUCCUCUGAGCUACACCACUCAGUCUAAGAAAAACUUUAAUGACCUAAAAACGGAAGCUUGGCUGGAAUGCGAAAAAAACGGAAACCGUCGAACGACAACAGUCCCACGUAUGCCAAAAUCAGACCAGUGGGUGAUUUUCAACAAACAAAUGUCAACUCUUUGUAAGAUCAACUACGAUGUCCAGAACUGGAAGUUGAUCAUCAAAACUCUGAAAUCAAACCGUUUUCAAAAUAUCCAUCCAAUAAAUAGAGCUCAAUUAAUAGAGGACAUUAUGCAUUUUGCCAGAACAGGAGAACAAGACUACAGCCUAGCCUUGCAACUACUUAGUUAUUUGAAAAGAGAACGAUCCUAUUUGCCAUGGUUUACGGCCCUUAGCAAUCUUGGCCAGUUGAGUAACGUUCUUUUUCACACCGAAAGCUAUGAAAUUUUUAAGUUUUAUGUGCAAAACUUAAUCACACCGAUUUAUAACUAUCUGAAAGGCAUGGACGACAACUUUAAGUCAUUAAAAAGUCCGGAUCAAAUACUUCUGAAGACCUUGAUUCUAAGCUGGGCUUGUCGGUACGAAGUUUUGGACUGUGUGCCUAAAGCUCAAGCCUACUAUCGUAGAUGGGAAUCGGAGAUGGAUCCGGAUAAAAAUAAUCCAAUACCAACAAAUUUACGUGGAAUUGUACUCUGCACCGCCGCACGAAGUGACAAAUUGGAUUUCCUUUGGAAAAGAUACAAUAAUACAAAUGUGGCUGCUGAACGGAGCUUAAUCAUUAGUUCCGCCAGUUGUUCUGUGAAUGAAACAAGGCAUAAGUUAUACUUAGACUAUAUUUUUCGGAAAAAUUUCAUUCGUCAACAGGACUCUUUAAUGGCUUUUAAUGCGAUAGCUGUUGAAAGAGUUGGCUUUCCAAUCGCAAAGAAAUAUUUUAUUGACAACGUGGAAGCUAUCUACAAAUACUAUUAUCCUUCUACGAGGAAAUUGAGCAACCUGUUGUCGAUACUACCCACACAGCUCACCGAACGCAAGGACCUGGAUGAGUUUAAAGAAUUUUUCAAGAAAUCAAAAAAGUUCUUUGUUGGCUUGGAAGACUCCGUUCAGAAGGUCCUUGAAAACAUUCUAAUUAAUGUUCAGUGGAUGGAAAGGAGAUAUGAGACAUUUUUUGAGGCUCUUCUGGAACAUAUAUAAAAAAGGAAGGAUUUACUAGUGAAUUAAUGAUAAG